AUGGGGACGGGGAGCGCGACGGCGCAGGCCCUGGCGCUGGUGGCGUUGCUCCUCGCCUGCUCCGACGUCGUCGUCGUCGCGGCGCAGGAGACUGAGCGGAUCCAAGGAAGUGCUGGUGAUGUGCUUGAAGAUGAUCCUGUUGGAAGGCUCAAGGUAUAUGUCUAUGAGUUGCCUCCCAAGUACAACAAGAAUAUACUAGCAAAAGAUUCGCGAUGCCUCAGCCACAUGUUUGCUACAGAGAUAUUCAUGCAUCGCUUCCUGUUGACAAGCGCGGUCCGGACUCUAAAUCCGGACGAAGCUGAUUGGUUCUAUACUCCAGUAUACACAACGUGCGACCUUACACCAUGGGGUCAUCCCUUGACUACGAAGUCUCCACGAAUGAUGAGAAGCGCGAUUCAGUAUAUUUCCAAGCGUUGGCCCUACUGGAACAGGACGGAGGGAGCAGACCAUUUCUUUGUCACACCACAUGACUUUGGAGCAUGCUUCUAUUUCCAGGAAGAGACGGCCAUCCAGCGAGGUGUCCUUCCGGUGCUGCGCCGUGCUACGCUGGUCCAGACUUUUGGGCAGAAGCAUCAUGUGUGCCUCAAGGAAGGCUCCAUCACCAUCCCGCCGUAUGCUCCUCCUCAUAAGAUGAGAACUCACAUUGUUCCGCCAGAGACCCCUCGGUCGAUCUUUGUCUACUUCCGUGGUCUGUUCUAUGACACUGCAAAUGAUCCUGAGGGUGGUUACUAUGCAAGGGGCGCCCGUGCGUCAGUAUGGGAGAACUUCAAGAACAACGCUCUGUUCGACAUCUCGACAGAGCACCCACCAACCUACUACGAGGACAUGCAGCGCGCCAUCUUCUGCCUGUGCCCACUGGGGUGGGCGCCAUGGAGCCCCCGUCUGGUGGAGGCCGUGGUGUUCGGCUGCAUCCCCGUGAUCAUCGCCGACGACAUCGUGCUCCCGUUCGCGGACGCGAUCCCGUGGGAGGAGAUCGGCGUGUUCGUGGCAGAGGACGACAUCCUGAAGCUGGACACCAUCCUGACGUCCAUACCCAUGGAGGAGAUCCUCCGCAAGCAGAGGCUGCUGGCGAACCCGUCGAUGAAGCAGGCGAUGCUGUUCCCGCAGCCCGCGGAGCCGAGGGACGCGUUCCACCAGGUGCUCAACGGGCUGGCGCGGAAGCUGCCCCACGGCAAGGGCGUGUUCCUCAAGCCCGGGCAGAAGGUGCUCAACUGGACGGAGGGGACCCGGGAUGACCUCAAGCCGUGGUAG